GCAAAGAUGUCACUCGCGCAGCGUUGGAGACGCUAAACCUCACGUUGUGCAGAAGUCGGGCUUCGGUUCUUGGUUGGGAAUAGCGAGGCGGAUUCUCAUUGGAGCCCCGUGUACGUGAGUUGCAGCCGCUGCAGAUGCUCUAACGUGUGACUCGCUGUCCCAGGAUGAAGCCCAUUCCCUCCCCUGAGCCCCCGGGGCAGCUCCACGACACCCCCCGCCGUAAGGACAAGGGAGAGGCGGAAUGGGAGCGACACCGGACCCGGGAGCGCCUGGAGGCCACGUUGGCCGGACUCGCCGAGUUGGAUUGUCUGAGGCACCGGCAGCAGCUCCUGGUACAGAACGUGCUCAGCCCCGGGACACACGGACAAGACGCGGCGCCGACUGGAGACUCUCCGCGCAGCGACGAACAGAAGUUACUGGAGGAAAAUAUCUCUCUGCUCAAGAAACAACUGAACUGCCUAAGAAAGCGAGACGCAGGUUUGCUAAGCCAGCUUCACGAGUUGGACAAGCAAAUAAACGAUCUUAGAAUUGACUCUGAAAAGACUGAGGAGACAGACAGCCGACCCAGUUCUGGAUUUUACGAGCUGAGUGAUGGAACUUCAGGAUCCCUCUCCAAUUCUUCCAACUCAGUGUUCAGCGAAUGUUUAUCCAGCUGCCACUCCAGCACCUGCUUUUGCAACCCAUUGGAAACAUCAUUAAACCUCACAGAUGGUCAAGCAAAGUCUGCAGAGGACUUCCUCGAAUGGUUGGAUUACAGAGAAAGUCAACAUGAAACUGGCACAGUUCGCCGUUCCUUUUCUGCACCGCAUUCCAACUCUGUUGAAGUUACGGCAGAUGUUCACCCCAAGUAUCAGUGUGACCUGGUAUCUAAAAACGGUAAUGACGUUUAUCGUUACCCCAGCCCUCUACAUGCCGUAGCUGUGCAGAGUCCCAUGUUUCUCAUUUCCGUCAUGGGCAACAUAAAGGCAGAGGAACCUGAGGAGGAGAUUGGCCCCAAUGAUAACGAUGACUGUAUAGUGCCUGAACUAGAUCACUUAAAAGAUGAGGACUCUUUUCUCCAUCAGAGCAGCCUGUGUUCUUUACCACUUUCUUCUGGGAAAAAAAUGGAUGGUUAUAUUUUAAGUAUCAUACAGAAAAAAGCACAUCCUGUAAGGACUAACAAACCAAGGACUAGUGUCAAUGCUGAUCCAGGCAAAGGGAUUUUACGACAUGGGAGUAUAUGUGUCAAACAGACUGUUGGUGUUUCUCAAAGCAAUGCAGUUAACCUGAAAAAUUCUAAACAAACAUGUUUACAUUCCGCCGGAAUGAUCUCUGUGGAUAAUAGCACUUAUCCUUCUCUAAAACCGUGCUCAAAGGAGUCUCUAAGUGAACAGCUGGAAAGUAAAAGGAUGCCAUCUAUCUCCACAUAUCCUUCUUGUAAUGUCAAUGAACUUCAAAGCCAAAACAAUUCACGAAACACUGUGAAGUCUGUGUGUCAGGGUCUGGCAAGGGGCUCUGUAGCAAUGACCUCAAAUGUUCAAAAGGAAAAUGUUACACCCAAUGCACCGGCUAAUCUCCCUAAUGCAUCAAGUUCUGUCUAUAAUGGAUCUCCUAGAGAAAGCACACAGAACAGUGCACUGCUCCCUCAAGAGAUUAAAGUUGUGCCACCAGUAAAGAGAGUUUCCCUGAAAAAUACACUCCUUUCUUACCAUGAAUCUUCAUCUUUUGAGGAAAGACCACCUCUGGACUUUAAAAGCGAGGGGUCGUCAUCUCAGAGUUUGGAUGAAGGGAUGCUGGUUAAUGCUCAUUAUAUACCAGCUCAGCAACAUGGUGUUAAACUUCAUAAGAAUACCAAAAAUGUGAAGAUCGUGAAGAGCUCCACUUUAAAACAUAGGGCCGAUGUUCAGUAUGUGCUAGAAAAUGGAUCCCAGACGCUGAAAGAAAAGAGCAAGGUUGUGGGAAAGAAGUGUAGGUUCCCCGAAGAUUUGGAUACAAACAAAAAAGUGAAGAAAUCUACCCCGCGGGUUAAAAAAAUCGUUCACCCUCAUUUCGAACCUGCAGCCGUUGGAAGAAAUCCAGUUGCAGUCCGAUCUGGAAUCAAAUCUCAUGGACAUCCGAAGGAUGUGGUCUUGGCCAAACCUAAACAUAAGAGGAGUGAUUAUCGGAGAUGGAAGUCUUCAGCUGAGAUUUCAUAUGAAGAAGCUUUAAGGCGGGCACGAAGGCGAGCUCAGAGAGAAAUGAUGGGUGUUUGUGCACAAGUGCCGUUUUCUCACGCCAGCCCAUAUGCUUAUAUUGCUAGUGACUCUGAAUACUCUGCAGAGUGUGAGUCUCUGUUCCACUCCACGGUGGUAGACACUAGUGAGGAUGAACAGAGCAAUUACACAACUAACUGCUUUGGGGACAGUGAAUCCAGUCUGAGUGAGGUUGAAUUUGUCGGUGAAAGCACAACGUCAAGUGAUACCGAUGAAAGUGGUGGACUCAUUUGGUCCCAGUUUGUACAUACACUUCCCAUGCAGGCCACUGCAACUGCCGAACUACAAACCACUGCCAAAGCCUUUAUUAAAAUAAAGGCUUCGCACAACCUUAAGAAGAAAAUCCUUCGCUUCAGAUCUGGGUCUUUAAAGCUGAUGACAACAGUUUGAAUGCCACCUAUUCAAUGUGUUCAGUUCAGACUCCAUUUUAUUUGUAUAUAAUUUGUUACCUUUUGUGCAAAUAUUUAAAGUCUAUGGUAAAUUAAAUUGACUCUUUGGAAUA